UUUCGUCUGCAAACUUGGAUUGCGUAUUUCACAUAAGAAAAAAGUGUUAUGAUGUUCCCGUGUUCGAAGUCCAAUGUGCACAAACAGCAUAACAGGCCUUUACACACCAGAAACCCCAGAAAUUUAAGUGUGUCUGACAUUUCUGUUAGUUUGAAAAUACGAGUGACGACUUUGUUCCAAGAGGUCAGUUGAGCUGAAGGGUAGUUGAUCGAGUCAGUACAACAUAUAGGCCCGAGUACGUUGCUGUACACAGAAGUAUCGGCAUCAGAUGGGCAUCCAUUGUUCUCUGCUUGUUUAGGUUGAAAUUAAUUAACAUGCGCCCUUUUGGUAUGUGUAUCAACAUUGUCCCAAAGUCUUUAUCCAUUGCCCUUACAGAUAUAUUUUAGUUUCAUGAUAAUGACAUUAAUGUCCAAUAUUGCAUCCACUGGCAAAUCAUCUCAUGGCAGCUUAUGAGACGUAGGUGGCAGUGUUAGACUGCCCGAUUGAAAGCCAUAGAUCAGUAUCACUGUCUCCAUGCUGUGUCCAAAACCUGGACGGACACCAAGAUGUGUGAUCUUGACGAAUUAAAAGACGGUUGUACGGAAAACUCAGCUCCAUCAGGAUUACCUCCAUCUGCCCCACCUUGGCUUGAUGUUGAAAAGUUUAACAGGGGUAGAAAAUUCUUUCAGGAGUAUUUAUGCAGCAAUUUUCUGGCAAUGUUUACAUCUCUUGUUGGUGGACUGAGUGUCAUAAAUCUUCUGGAACCUCUUGUUUUCACAAAAGCCUCAGAUGACCCCAAGAAAUCGUUGAAAAGGUACUUCAGCACAUUUCACCAUGUCACAUGUUGGCACUAUGGUAAUGUCUGGGAUAGUGAAAGUGAUGCAUAUCAGUCUGUCAUUUAUGUCAGGAAUAUUCACAACAAAGUUGCAAAGCAGAUGAACAGUUCACAGCAGCCGGAAAGACUGUAUUUCUCCCAGUACGACAUGGCAUUGGUGCAGUGUGGAUUUAUGGGAUGCAUUGUCCUUUAUCCAGAAUACUUUGGGGUUCCUUUCAAUCAACAACAGAUUGAUGAUUAUGUAUAUUUUUGGAAAGGAAUGGGAUACUUGCUGGGUAUAUCUGACAAAUAUAACAUAUGUAAUGGUGGUUAUAGUUGUGCUCGAGAAAAGUGCAAAGGUAUUGAAGAAAGAGUUCUUAUUCCUGCUCUGAACAAUCCACCCAAGGAUUUCCUUCCAAUGGCCGAAGCAUUCAUAGGAGGAGCUAACCUCCCAUGGAAAUUCAAACUGUUGUCCUUUGUGUCAGUCCUAGCUUUUGGUCUGGAAGCUAUGGGAGAACCAAGACCCAAGCUAGGCCUGAGUGAUACUUUGAGACUUUAUUUCCUCAAGACUGUGGUGGUACUAGUGCGUUACAGUGCUUUCUUUCGAAGACGGAUAAACAGAGCCAUGGAAAUGAUGAUGGGCUGUUCAAAAAUGACAUGAUAUCCUUCAUAUAUAUAUAUGAAAAAGAUUCUUCUUCUAAAAGGCUGUGAACACUGUAAAUAUGCUCUUAAUUUGUUUCACUAUUGCAGGUUUUUAGAAAGCUAUGAUAAAUAAUUUAGCACUUUAGUUUUUACAUAACCAAAACAGGAGAGAACAUGAGGAUAAGUUUUUGCAGAGGCUGAUCCCAGUAAUCAUGCAUAUUGUCUAAGACAGACCCACAAUUAAUCUUUUGUUCUUCUGCUGAUACAUUAUUCCAUUCCAGUAGCUGUACACAGGUAUGAAUGAAAAAAAAUUUCUCCAUAUUGCCAUUAAUAAUUUCAGUGUUAUAAAUUUCAAUCUUAUAAAUAGUUUCAUGAAAGUGUUUACUGAAGAUAAUAUGUAUAGAAAUCGAUAUGACAAUGGCAACACCAGAAGUAGAUUUUGUUAUUUAUACCGUGCAUAUGGUCUCGUGUUUUAAAUAAUUUUAAUUCUAUGGACCAAUAUUUGUUUAAAUUGACAGCCUCAGGGUCGGAUUAGAGCUGUUGGUAUAAUCAAGUACAGUGACCAUUUCGCAUGAAGUGAUUAGCAACAGACGUAUCUAUUGUACAUGAUAUUAAUAUAGUGUUCCUUGAUCCCCA